AUGCACAGGUUUGGCGGGAGCCGGGACCCCGCAGGCGGGAGCCGGGACCCCGCAGGCGGGAGCCGGGACCCCGCAGGCGGGAGCCGGGACCCCGCAGGUGGGAGCCGGGACCCCGCAGGCGGGAGCCGGGACCCCGCAGGCGGGAGCCGGGACCCCGCAGGCGGGAGCCGGGACCCCGCAGGCGGGAGCCGGGACCCCGCAGGCGGGAGCCGGGACCCCGCAGGCGGGAGCCGGGACCCCGCAGGCGGGAGCCGGGACCCCGCAGGCGGGAGCCGGGACCCCGCAGGCGGGAGCCGGGACCCCGCAGGCGGGAGCCGGGACCCCGCAGGCGGGAGCCGGGACCCCGCAGGCGGGAGCCGGGACCCCGCAGGCGGGAGCCGGGACCCCGCAGGCGGGAGCCGGGACCCCGCAGGCGGGAGCCGGGACCCCGCAGGUGGGAGCCGGGACCAGCCAGCCUGA